CCCUGAGCCAGGACUCCUGUAGCACAACAUUAGCUCCACUCCAACAGGCUGCUAACAGGCUGCACACACACAUUAGAGAACAUUAGCUCCAUGCUAACAGGCUGCUAACAGGCUGCACACACACAUAGAGAACAUUAGCUCCAUGCUAACAGGCUGCUAACAGGCUGCACACACACACACAUAGAGAACAUUAGCUCCAUGCUAACAGGCUGCUAACAGGCUGCACACACACACACACACACACAGUUUAACAUGUCGGAGGUCAAACUGAAGAAGGAGACGAACAUCCUGGACGUGGCGGAGGUGGAGAACAGGAUCAAAGAGCUGUGUCAGCAGUUCCCUCACGGCAUCACAGACCAGGUGAUCCAGAACGACAUGCCUCACCUGGAGCCUCAGCAGAGAGCCAUGGCCAUCAACAAGCUGCUGUCACUGGGUCAGCUGGACCUGCUGAGGAACAGUUCAGGUCUCCUGUACCGGAUGAAGGACACGCAGGGGGCCAGUAAGAUGAAGGGCUCAGAUAACCAGGAGAAGUUGGUCUAUCAGGUGAUUGAAGACGCAGGAAACAAAGGGAUCUGGAGCAGAGACAUCCGCUUUAAGAGCAACCUCCCUCUGACCGAGGUCAACAAGAUCCUGAAGAACCUGGAGAGCAAGAAACUCAUCAAAGCCGUCAAAUCUGUGGCGGCGUCUAAGAAGAAGGUCUACAUGCUGUACAACCUGCAGCCGGACCGCUCUGUGACGGGGGGCGCCUGGUACAGCGACCAGGACUUUGAGUCCGAGUUUGUGGAGGUUCUCAACCAGCAGUGCUUCAAGUUCCUGCAGAGCAAGGCUGAAGCAGCGAGGGACAGCAAACAGAGUCCCAUGGUUCAGAGGAACAGCUCCUUUGCCACCUCACACGAAGUCUGGAAGUACAUCUGUGAGCUGGGAAUCAGCAAGGUGGAUCUGUCCAUGGACGACAUCGAGACCAUCCUGAACACGCUCAUCUACGACGGGAAGGUGGAGAUGACCGUCAUCGCCGCCAAGGAGGGGACGGUGGGCAGCGUGGACGGACAGAUGAAGCUCUACCGCGGCGUCAACCCCGUCAUCCAGCCCACGGGCCUCGUCAGGACGCCCUGCGGACUCUGCCCGGUGUUUGACGACUGUCACGAAGGAGGAGAGAUCUCUCCGUCCAACUGCAUCUACAUGACGGAGUGGCUGGACUUCUGACUGCUCGUCUCUCUGCUUCUCUGUGAGGAAGUCUUCCGUUUAUUCUCCCAGCGAUCUGUGAUCCGCCUUUAUUUUCUAUUUAUCUCAAAGUUCAAUAAAAGGAAAUGUAAAACGUGUUGUGAAUGUGUUCAAAGAGUAGAGAGAUUCAUACAUGGAAAGUCUUCCUCUCUAAAUGGAGGACUUAACGUCUUAAUGGACUGAUGUGAAAACAGGCCCUGACAGCAGCACUCGGAUGUUCUCUCAUCAGACCUCAU